UUCCAGGCCCUGUUUUUCUCCUUCAAACGGACCCUCCUCUACACCAGUUUAGCUUGUCGCUCCUCCGGGUACUUGUCGAGUCUGUCUCGACUACCGGUUAUUUAAAAUGGCGAUCCAGAAAAAGAACGGCAAAGGUCGUUUAGAUAAGUGGUAUCGUUUGGCAAAGGAGAAGGGCUACAGAGCAAGAGCUGCGUUCAAGUUGAUCCAGUUGAACAAAAAGUAUGGAUUUUUGGAAAAGAGCAAGGUUCUUCUGGAUCUUUGCGCUGCACCUGGUUCAUGGUGUCAAGUCGCCGCAGAAUGCAUGCCUGCCCAGAGUAUCAUUGUCGGUGUUGAUCUAGCCCCCAUUAAGCCAAUCCCUCGAGUCAUCAGCUUCCAGAGCGAUAUUACCACCGAAAAGUGUCGCGCAACGAUCAGACAACACCUCAAACAUUGGAAGGCGGAUACUGUUCUCCAUGAUGGUGCUCCGAAUGUCGGUACAGCUUGGGUUCAGGAUGCUUUCUCUCAGGCGGAAUUGGUUUUGCAAUCGCUAAAACUGGCCACUGAGUUUCUGGUCGAAGGCGGUACAUUCGUCACAAAAGUUUUCAGAUCAAAGGAUUACAAUCCCUUGCUCUGGGUUUUCAAGCAGCUGUUCUCAUCUGUGGAAGCAACUAAGCCUCCAUCAUCUCGCAACGUCUCCGCCGAAAUUUUCGUUGUCUGCCGCGGAUUCAAAGCACCAAAGCGCAUGGACCCCAAAUUCCUUGACCCAAAACAUGUUUUUGCGGAACUUUCAGACCCCACUCCCAAUAAUGAGGCAAAAGUGUUUAACCCCGAAAAAAAGAAGCGGAAGAGAGAUGGUUAUGAAGAGGGCGACUGGACCCAAUUCAAAGAGGUUUCUGUAACAGAGUUCAUCAACACCACAGAUCCCAUUGCCAUUCUUGGCUCUUGCAAUAAACUCAGCUUCCAACAAAUGCCAGGAGGGGACUUAGCCCUUGCAACUCUUGACCGGCUACCCGAAACGACGGAUGAAAUCCGAAAUUGCUGUGAGGAUCUAAAAAUCCUUGGUAAAAAGGAGUUUCGAAAUUUGCUCCGGUGGCGACUGAGAGUGCGUGAGAAGUUCGGAUUGGUAGUGAAGAAGGGACAGUCCAAGGGUGAUGAGACUGAGGAGGUAGCUGAGGUGGCUCCCAUGGAUGAGGAAUUGGCUAUUCAAGAAGAUCUACUCCGUCUCAAAGAGAAAGAAAGCGGGAGGAAAAAGAAGGAGAGGCGCAAAGAAAACGAGAAGAAGCGUAAGGAGAUCGUUCGUCUGCAGAUGCAUAUGGCGACUCCUAUGGAUAUCGGAAUGGAGCAGCUAGGUCCUGGAGGAGACGAUGCCACAUUUUCGUUGAAAAAGAUUGACAGAGCUGGCGCUAGAGAUACAAUCGCCGCUGGCAAAGAAGUAGCGGUUGAGAGUGAGAGCGAAGAGUCUGGAUCUGAAUCCGAAUACGACGAAAGCGAUGAGGAAGGAGAUCUUCUGGAGAGAGAACUAGACACACUCUACGAGCAGUAUCAGGACCGCAUGGAACAAAAGGAUACGAAACUGCGUGCCAAAAAAGCCCGAAAAGAUUACGAAGCUGAGGAGUGGGAAGGCUUCUCCGAGGAUAAUGAGGGCAGCGAUGACGAACAAUCGAAUGACGAGGCACUCGACACACCCAACAAGUCACUGCCUGCCAAUGGGUCUCUCUCCAACAAUGCUGCAUUGUUCUUUGACCAAGACAUUUUCCAGGGCCUUGAGGACGUUAGUGAUGAAGAGGACGAGGACAACGAAGUUCAAGCAACCAAGCAGCCGAAGAGCAAGGCUUCUGAAAAGCCGAACGGUAAAGAAGCCAAGAAAGCCCGGCAUUCUGACGACUCUUCGGAAGAUGAAUUCGAAGACUUGGAAGAACCACGCAAGAAGAACGGACAGCUUGAUAUUGAUAUCAUCACCGCAGAAGCUAUGGCACUGGCUCAGCAGAUGGCUACAGGCGAGAAGAAGUCGCAGGAUAUUGUUGAUGACGGAUAUAAUAAACUCGCGUUCCGAGAUGUCGAUGGCCUCCCGGAAUGGUUCCUUGACGAUGAAGGCAAGCACAGCAAACCAAACCGACCGAUCACAAAGGCUGCUGCUGCCGCAAUCCAAGAGAAAAUGCGCGCCAUCAACGCACGGCCGAUCAAGAAGGUGUUGGAAGCUAAGGGUCGCAAGAAGCUGAAGGCAGCACAGAAGAUCGAGAAGCUCCGGAAGAAGUCCGCACUCCUCGCAGACGAUGAAACUCUCAGCGAACGAGACAAAUCGCAGGCCAUCGCGAGGUUGAUGAGCAGGGUGGCUAAGAAGAAGCCCAAGCAACAGGUGAAACUGGUCGUUGCUCGGGGAAGCAACAAGGGUAUUUCUGGCCGUCCUAAAGGUGUAAAGGGCAAGUACAAGAUCGUGGAUUCUCGAAUGAAGAAGGAUAUUCGGGCGCAGAAGCGACUGGCGAAGAAAAAGCAAAAAUAGAGAGCGUCUUAGAUAUAGUUAGCUGUAAAUAAGGUACAAAAUAGUACUCGGGAAGGUUGAAAUAUCCGAGACGAUCCCAAAGCCAUGGAAGUGGAAAUACGGAGUACAU